AUGGAGGCCUGGGGCACUGUAGUGGCAAUCCUGGCCACACUGAUGGUUGCCACUGUGGAUGCCAAGAUCUAUGGACGCUGUGAGCUGGCAGUGAAGCUGGACAAGGAGGGCCUCAACGGCUUCAAGGGCUACACCAUUGGAGACUGGAUGUGCAUGGCACACUAUGAGAGUGGCUUUGAUACCUCCUUCGUGGACCACAAUCCCGACGGCAGCAGUGACUAUGGCAUUUUCCAGCUCAACUCCGCUUGGUGGUGCGACAACGGCGUUACACCCACCUGGAACCUCUGCCACAUGGAUUGCCGUGACCUGCUCAACCGCCAUCUUCUGGAUGACAUCCUGUGUGCCAAGCAGGUCGUGUCCUCAAGAAAUGGUAUGACUGCCUGGGAUUCUUGGACCAAGCACUGUUAUGGCCAUGAUUUAUCUGAAUGGCUCAAGGGGUGUAAUAUGCGUGUAAGAAUUGACUCAAAGAAAAUGAAUUCAUAA